AUGGCAGCAGGUCCGUUUUCUGGCUCACUGCAUCAGGAAUUCCUGGUGAAAACACAGCAGGAGAAACCUGCUACUCACACACCCGAAGAGCGAGCCCAGUUUGAGUUGGAGCGGGAAGCGGUUCAAAAUCAAAAUCUCUGGCGGAAGUUGACGGCGACGUCCGCCGGAAGUGACGUAGCAUUAGCUUGCAGUGCGCUGCGACGGUGUUUUAGCUCCACUGCAGGUAAAUAUCUGAGUCUAAGGAGGAGGGCAAACAUGUCUUCGUUCCGGCCCUGGAGAGACUUUAUCCGGCAGCGGCUGACUGCCGCCGGCGAGGAGACGUUCGCGGCCUUCGAAGAUAAGAUCGUUCAGUUUGAGGAGCAGAUCUCCCAUCAGCGCAGGAAGCUGGACGCCGUCCUGAUUCCCGAUGUGAGGGUACCCAGAAUAGAUAUCCCACAACAACAUGACUUUAAAGAGGAAGAGGCUCUGCCUGAUCAGCAGCAUCUGGAUCCAAAGCUGAUGAGCAUCAAAGAGGAACCGGAGGACCCGUGCACCAGUCAGGAGGGCGAGCCGCUCUCCCGGAGCAACAAGGUGUUCACCCGUAUGAAGGCAACUACUUCCGGAGAAAGCCAGAUGGAUAACGAGCCGGACGCGCAGAAAAGCGGCCGGACUAAGUUGUGCGCGCGUGGGAACGCGGUCGGGCUGAACUUGAGCGGCUCGAGGCGUCGCUCCGGCUCGCGGGCGCGUCGUGCACGCUUCGUGCACGCAGCAGGAUGCCAAUCUGGGAACUUUUCCACAGCUGGCGACGCGCAACGCGAGUCUGAGCCCCCCGGUUUGGAACAUUAUCUGGAGGAAUAUAGCCAGAAGAAGGCGGAUUUUCAUUGA